AUGGCAUCAUCUGGUUUUUUCCUUACCUCCAUUCUACAUGCUGUAGUAGCCUUAACUUGUGGAGCUCUUAUGAUGUUCUAUACGAAUGAGAUCUUUGUUUUUAGCCAUGGCCACGAAAAUGCGAGUAAGCUUUUGGGAUCAACGCCCCAUGAUCAGCUGUUAAUCCAAACCUCUGAUUCAUUUUCGGGGCUGCUCUUAUUUGCUAUUGGGUUUCUAUUGUUCAUGGUGGCAUUUGUUAAGGACAGGGAAUUCCAAGCCUUCUUUGCUAAGGGGUGUGUGCUUCUUCAUGUAGCCAUGGCAAUUUGGAGAACUCACUUUGAGAGGAAGCUUGAAGAUCUUGGCCGUGAUUGGCUGAGGUUGGUUGUUGGGGACAUUGUCUUGGGACUUUCAUGGGUAUUCUUUCUUGUUUACUCAUGGAGGGAGAAGUAUGAUUAG